GCAUUUUUUGUUGUGUGUGAAAAAUAUAAUCCACGAACUCUGCGUAUUUCUACGCACGUCACAUGCGUCAUAGCAGAAGACGCGUCGGGCUUCAGCUGUGCCGAGACGCACUCCGCACUUUGGCCGAGAGUUGAGUCCCGCUUCAUUGAAGAGCGGCUCACUCGCUGCGAUGGAAAGAAAACCAGAUUCUGCCGCGCAAACGCGCUUCGGUGCUUUCGGCUGCUCCUCGGGGUACGACGGUCGGCACGCCGGCCUCACGUUUCCUGUUUGCACGCGUGAGAAACGAAUAGUUGUGCACCGUUUAUCUGGAAACGCAAAUAUGUACGAUUAUGAAAACUGACCGCUGUCCGCAGUUACAUUUGCCCUUCGAUCGGCCCCCUACGGCUCUUUUUAAAGGGCGAAGGACACAGGGAAGGUGACGUCCUGAGGCCGAAAGGGACGGAGGAUCGGAAACGAGAGAGAAAGAGAAAGAGCUGCAGUUUGUGGUGCCGAGAGGCACUCGGGCCGAACGAUGUGUCGGAAGACGAGAAGGAUGUGAGACACUUCGUGGUUAGAUGUGUGUGUGUGUGUGUGAGUGUGCGAGUGUGCGGAAGCGCAGCUUAUGACAUCAGGCCGGUGCUGCGGAAGGUCACGCAGCAGAACGCCGUCAGGUACCGAGACAUGAAAACCUUUGCCGUUCCGCUGGACCGCCUGCUGCUGUCCCUGCCGCUGUCCCUGCUGUGCAUUGCGGGUGAGUCCGGUCCGACCGCUGACCCGCGUGUCCCGAGCGAAGCCGUGACGGCGCGGACCCCGGAUGGCGGGCCGACAUUUCGAGAAGGUAUUUGUAGAAACGGUCGUGUUCAUCAAUCCGUGGUUUUCCACACGCGCAGGUUCCGGAGAAGCGCUGGACUUGAUCCAGUCUCCCGUCACCUUAACGGCGAUGGAGGGAGAGCAGGUUCGCAUCCAGUGCUGCUGGCAGGACGAUUGCUCUUUCGAGCGAGUAAGAGUGAAGUGGACAAAGAGCAACAUCUCACUCGGCGACAAUGUUUUGGGCUUUGACAACCAAAGUACCGCACAGAACGCCGGGAAAUGUUACCGUACCGACGCUUCUGGAAACUGCUCUAAAAUCACCCUUUCAAACGUGACCACAAAUGACAGCGGUUUAUACGUGUGUGAGGUGACCGUGGAGAUACCGUCACUACAUAACGGACGUGGGGGGGGAACACGUGUGGAGAUUCGAGUAAAACACGACACGACCGAUGCACGAGGGUCGUCGCCGACCGGUCUCGGUGUCGCGGUUCCGCUUGCUGUAGCUCUUGCGGUGCUCUCUUCUGCUGCCGUAUUCUGCCAGUGGAGAAGAAGGAGACUAAGGGCCCUUCAUCAAGGUGGAGCGAGUGGCCGAGUGGGUCUCGUCAUACAGGAAUCUCCACGCGGCGCGGUCGAGCUGGACGAGAUGAACACGAUGGCCGAGAUGGCUGAAGCCGGAGAUCGAAACUCCAACUCCUCCCGAGGGUCAGCACAGUGGUGUCCGGUCCAGCUGUACGAGUCCAUCGAUUACUUUGACGUGAAGACUGACGGCAGCAGCUAGAGGCGUCUUCGUCCCACACCCGACGGUCCUUCAUCCCUCCUUCGCUUUACCCUCGGCACUGCUUCUGAGCUCUGCUUCGUGUGAGCAUUUUACAUUCGAAACGUUGGAAAGCGGUUCACCUGAGACACGGGGAAGUACGAUGACAUGUGCCGCAGCGGCUCCGAAAUGAAACCCCUCACCGUACGCGUGCGGGUUCAAGUCCCACGAAGGGUUCCGUUCUCAUGCUGACCUCCAUGGGUCUACUCUGUCUUGAGGUCCCUGUACCCUGGUGAACGGCAGGCGCUGUGGAAGCUGACGAUUUUUCCUUUUGCAGGGCAGUUUGUCCACAGAAGCGUAGGAGGUGCAGCAUUCAAGGGUAAUUUAGACAUUUCGAAAAUGUAGGGUUUUAAAAGCUUCCCCAAAAACAGGAAGUACAGUGUUGCUAAAUAUUUAGCUUUUCUUUUCCUUUCUUAUUCUUUUUCUUCUUUUUCUUCUUUACGAAGGAAAAGACUGGACUUGGGUCGCCCGCUUUCUUUUCACUGCUCUCAAAAUCUUAAAUAUCCUGCUUAUAACAAAGUUUAUUUGCACGUUUGGAUGCAAACAAAGAAAUAUAAUACUGGCAUGAAAAGAUCAAUACGUACCUAUAAAAUCACACUUUUAUUGAAUAAAUUAAUGAAAAAUUCCCUUAAUCUCAUUCCUUCGUUGUUCUUCGAAUUUGAGAAAUUCGAAGGCUGUUUUAUUUUGGACGCAUUGAUUUCCAUGAGGGGG